AUGGCAAUUGAAUUCUUCUGCCCAAAUGCUUUUGAAAAGUAUCAGUCUUGUCUGGAAUGGUGGGGACAUGCCAAAGAUAUGGUCCAUGAGAUUUUCAGGUUCAACCCACAAUCUUUCCAAUUUUUCCCAUCCUCUUUGUCAAGUCUUGUCUGGAAUAGUGGGAAUGUGGCAGAGAUAUGUGGGGACAUGGCAGAGAUAUGGUUAAGGGGAAGGCAGGUGGUCGCCCAGAAGGGAAUAGGGGUGGGAGGACUGAGGGUGGACUUGAAGGGCAAGCAACUGAAUGGCCUAGCAGGGGUGGAAGUGUGCUUGCAGACAUCAGAGCUGUCUGGAAGACCCCAGGGGGUCCAAUACCAGGGUGGCAUAGGGGUGAUUACAGGAAUGGAGGCAUGGAGAUGGGCUCAACUAGGGGGUUCCAGGGCACUAGAUAGUGUGCCAGGGCUGUUCUGGAGGUUGUUGGAGUCUGCAAGGGAUACAAGAUCUGUGAAGGACAUGGUGUAA